AUGACUUUUUAUUUAGAGUUUCGUCUCAACGCUUGUCCAAUUUGUCUUAUUUGCUUAGAUUGUAAAAAUGAAUAUGGUCAAAAAAUUACUUGCCAAGCAAGAGAAUUGGAGUGGAAAAGAAAGAAAAUUGAACGAGAUUAUAUUUUAGAUUUUUGCCAUAAACCUUUCACACAAAAAGGUGCUACAAACCAAAAGAUCACGUUAGAUAAAGAAUUUGUUGAAUGGGUUCUUACUAGUAUUUCUCCGCUUAUCAUACUUUUAUCGCAUCCAAAUAAUAUAAAUAUUUGUAUAGAUUGUAUGAAUAAAUAUCAUAAAGGUGAAAGAAUCACAAAUCAGCAAAAAUCACAAAUUCUUUUUCUAAAAUGA